AGAAAGUUUAGGGAUCGAGAACAUGGUGAUGGAAGGGGGCUAUAAGCACCUAAUUCUUGGUGGGAAACACAAAAUAUGUAAUGCUUUCGUGACAUACAAACAUACUUCUGUGAGAGGUAAAUGUUAUCACGUCUGUAACAUAAUUAUUUCGUGAAACAUCAAAAGCCCUCUUUGUAUGCGAAUGUUGUGUGGCUAGCUUAGCCUGGCUACUUGUUCCGCUAGCUGGCCAUUGUUUUUGUUAAGUUAACGAAUUGAAAGCAAUAAAGCUAGAAGGCAGUGUUUGCCUCCAACCGAGGCAGGACCCAGUGGUCCAGACUGCUUAAGUAAUGUGGUUUAGUUUCUCUCGGGAAGAUGGAUGAAAGGUCCACCAAUCACCACCGGCUCUUGAUUGCCCUGUUGAUAAUCUUGCUCUUUGGCGUUAUUGUGCUUCAGUACCUUUGUCCUAGCUCCGAUUGCCAACUGUUGCACCUAGGAUCAUUGGCCUCUAACUCGGGCAGAAAUGCCAUCGGGUCCCAGGGAAACGACAUUGGCCUCAGUGGACAGGACACAUACGUCGCUGAGGACUGUGCCCUAGCCCGUUUUGUUCCCCGCUUCAAUUUCACUUCUGCAGACCUCAGUCGACUCGUAGACUUCAAUAUCCAGGGAGAUGAUGUUAUUGUUUUUCUACACAUUCAUUAGACAGGGGGCACAACAUUUGGUCGACAUUUAGUGCGUAAUAUUAAACUCGAGAGGCCUUGUGAGUGUCAUGCUGGCCAAAAUAAAUGCACCUGUUACCGGCCAGGUAAAAGGGAAACGUGGCUUUUCUCUCGGUUCUCCACUGGCUGGAGCUGUGGUCUUCACGCGGACUGGACCGAGCUGACCAACUGCGUGCCUUCUCUCAUGAACACGCGCGAGCCCCCCAAGAAGCCUACAGUUCACAGCCGGAACUACUACUACAUCACCAUCCUGCGUGACCAGGUGUGGCGUAACCUGAGCGAGUGGCGGCACGUGCAGCGCGGUGCCACCUGGAAUGACGGGCGCGCCCCCACGCUGGCCGAGUUGCCCAGCUACGACCCCGGGGAUGACUGGUCCGGCUGCUCUCUGCAGGAGUUCAUGGACUGCCCCUACAACCUGGCCAACAACCGGCAGGUCCGCAUGCUGGCAGACCUCAGCCUGGUGGGCUGCUACAAUGUCUCGGCCAUGAGCGAGGACGAGCGCUGGGCUGUGUUAUUAGAGAGCGCCAAGCGGAACCUGCGGGGCAUGGCCUUCUUCGGCCUGACAGAGUACCAGAGGGAAACCCAGUACCUGUUUGAGAGGAUCUUCUGCCUGGCGUUCAUCUCCCCCUUCACCCAGCUCACUGGCACGCGGGCGGCCAGCAUAGAGGUCGUGCCUGAGACGCAGCUCCAGGUCCGCCAUCUGAAACAAUGGGAUGAGGAGCUGUACGAGUAUGCCCGUGACCUGUUGCUCCAGCGCUUCCAGGUGGCCCGGCAGCAGGAGAGGAAACAGGCCAGGGAGAGGAGGCAGCAGAAGAGGAGAAGGCUCAGAGGGAAGCUGGGGUCAACCAGGCUGGGGAUGGGGAGGCCGGUGGCCGAGUGGCCCAGCGAUAAGCCCCAGUGGACAGAGACCCAGGCUGGGGAGGCGAUCACCACCCACCUACGACCACCCUCCCCAGAAAGGAAGCAUCAGAAGAGGGGAGGUGGAGAGCCUGUAGAGGCUGAGGUGCAGCUGCCAGACUGGUGGGGUCUGGAGGAGAACAGCACCAUUGAGGACUACAUGGAUAGGGAACAGUGGCGGUUGUAG